GAACGUAGAGGUGGAAGCAACUGCCGUGAGUGUUCCCGGAUCGCCGGGGAGGUCAUUGAAGAAGGAGAGAACCCAGGCCCUGAGUGUUCCUCUCCGCAAACAUGCUCCGCCUGUGCCUGAGGCUCCGCGGCUCGCUCCGCUCCGCCCUGCCGGCCCGGGGUCACGGGAACACGGCGGCCCGAGUGCGGAGGUAUCAUAUGAGCACCGGCUGCCGCCUCAGAGCCCUGGACUGUGUGCCAGCCGGUGUGCCCGGAGGAGGCCGACUACAGGGGAGGCGGGUAGAGGAGACUGGGCGAAGGUGGUACAGCUAUCCUCCCCACCAGAAGGUGCUUUUACCUUCCCUCUCCCCCACAAUGACGAUGGGAACCAUUGCACGAUGGGAAAAGAAGGAAGGCGACAAAAUCAGUGAGGGGGAUCUGAUUGCUGAGGUUGAGACAGACAAAGCUACAGUUGGAUUUGAAUGUAUGGAGGAGUGCUAUAUGGCCAAAAUCCUAGUGGCUGAAGGGACAAAAGAUGUGCCAAUUGGUGGCCUAAUUUGCAUCACUGUUGACAGGCCAGAAUUAAUUGAUGCCUUCAAAAACUAUACCUUGGAUACUGUUGCAGCUGCAGCCCCUUCAAGCACCCCAACAGCAGCUGCCCAGGCACCACCUCCAGCAGCAAUUCAAGCCCCUGGCAGUUCCUAUCCUACCCACCUGAAGAUCUUAUUGCCUGCACUAUCACCAACAAUGACAAUGGGGACAGUACAGAAAUGGGAGAAGAAGGUUGGAGAGAAGCUCAGCGAAGGAGAUCUGCUGGCAGAGAUUGAAACCGAUAAAGCCACUAUAGGUUUCGAGGUGCAAGAAGAAGGAUAUUUGGCAAAAAUAAUGGUAGCGGAAGGCACGCGGGACGUACCACUUGGAACUCCUCUGUGUAUCAUAGUGGAGAAAGAAUCAGAUGUUGGAAGCUUUGCCGAUUACAAAGAGACAGCUGGAGCCAUAGACAUUAAGCCUGCUCCCUCCACUCAGGCGGCAGUUUUCCCACCAUCUACACCAGUAGCUGCAGCUUUUCCAUCUGCACCACAUCCUGCACCAAGCUCUGCACCCAAAGGAAGGGUAUUUGUGAGUCCAUUGGCCAAAAAGCUGGCAUCAGAAAGAGGCAUAGACGUAAAACAAGUAAAAGGUACUGGACCAGAUGGCAGGAUUACAAAAAAAGAUAUUGAAUCCUUUGUGCCUCCUAAGGUUGUUCCUGUAAGUGCUCCUGCAGCUGCUGCCCCAGCCCCAGCACCUUCCCAGCCCUCUCCAGCCAUAGCAGCUAUUCCUACUGGAACCUUUACAGAUAUUCCCAUUAGCAAUAUUAGGAAGGUGAUUGCACAGCGACUUAUGCAGUCCAAACAGACGAUACCUCACUACUAUCUCUCAAUCGAUAUUAACAUGGGAGAAAUUCUACAUUUGCGAAAGGAGCUAAAUGAGGUUACAAAGUCUGAAAACAUCAAGCUGUCUGUAAACGAUUUCAUCAUUAAGGCUUCUGCCCUAUCUUGUCUGAAAGUACCCGAAGCAAACUCCUCCUGGAUGGACACAAUUAUUCGACAGAAUCAUGUGGUAGAUGUAAAUGUGGCAGUGAGCACCCCUGCUGGACUGAUGACACCUAUAGUCUUUAAUGCUCAUAUAAAGGGUCUGGCAACCAUCAGCAAAGAUGUGGGGUCUUUGGCCGUUCGUGCAAGAGAAGGCAAGCUAAAGCCGCAUGAAUUCCAGGGUGGAACGUUUACGGUGUCUAACCUGGGAAUGUAUGGAAUAAAAAAUUUCUCUGCCAUAAUUAACCCGCCUCAGGCCUGUAUUCUUGCUGUGGGAGGAACGGAGAACCGACUAAUUCCAGCAGAUAACGAUAAAGGUUUUGAUGUUGCCAACAUGAUGUCUGUCACCCUGAGCUGCGAUCACCGCGUCGUAGAUGGGGCAGUUGGUGCUCAGUGGUUGGCCGAGUUCAAAAAGUUUUUGGAAAAACCAACAACUAUGCUGCUAUAAAUGAGUGUUUACCCUUUUCCUCGGAUCAACUAUUCAACUAUUCUACAUUUACAAACUAUUUAUACUCUUAUCUCUGAACACUCACAGUAAACAUGAAUACAUUUUUUUUUUUUUUUAUUAUUUAAAUGAACAAAAGAAAAAAAAAAAAGCUGGUGACCCCACUAGUUUUUUUUUUUUAUCCUCAUUCUGUACAGACAACCAGUGCUCCACUCCAGUAACUGUUCUCAAUCUCCACAGAACUGUGAUGUGUGGAUAUCAUCAACGUUGUAAACGUCUUACAAAGGUCAAUGUUUCCUGGAAUGAUUUUAAACCGUGACUGUCCAGUACUACAAGAACAGGUCACAUAUAAAUAAAAAUAUGUCUGCAUUUUUUUCAGUUGAAUAAAUAAAUGUAUGUUUAACCAUU